CGUGGGACGAUUUUUCCUUGGGCAGAUGGUAUCAGGGGGACCGGAACAGAGUUAUAAAUAAUGUGUACAUUGCAAAUUGACUGCAAUAAUCCCAAACAGAUAAAGUAUUUGACAAAAAUGUUAAACCUUUCUUAUAGUGAAAUACGAUCACAUAUGCCUGUCUAUUUAUUCGUGGGAAUAGGCCUACUUGGUAACAGAUUAAAAUCACAUUGAGUCGAUUUCCUGGUGAUUUUACAGUAUUUUAUGUCCCACAACGAAAUGUAUAGAUUUACGUAUUGAUUUUUGCUCAGAAAAUAAAACCCUCGGGCCGCCUGCUGGGGAACCAUGCUCUAUUCAGGCUACAAGCUCUGAAGCGAGAUGUUCCCGCAUCAGGCUGCGUGCACAUCAGCCUGUCGAAAGAAACUCAUGCAGAGAUUCUAUCAUUCUGAUGAUAUGAAGAGAGAGGGUCUGAUGCACGCACUGUCACCGAAGACUGGAAAAUAAAAGAUAUAUCGGGCGAGCGAGCGAGGGUCCAGGCGUGCGUGCACCGGUCUUGCCCUAACGCAAGGCUACGUUGCGACACAAUAAAAUAGCUGGGAGAUGCACGGAGACAGCACGAAUACAGCGGUAGCAUGACGCGGGACUGAAUCGAUAUAUUUCCCCUAGAAAAACCAGUCAAGACAUUGGGUCGGCUAUCAUUUGAGUGUAAAGGUCGUCGAAUAGCCUAGGUAAUUUAUUAUCGAGAAGAUGAGUGUAAACCAGACUGGGUAUGAUGAUGUUUCUAGAGUGGAUGGGGGAACUGUGACGGGCGGCCUCAACAUCAGUGGUGCCCCGAAGCUGCAACAGUGUGCUCAGCCUCCCGCUAAUCGACCCAGGGAUGCCCGGCACCAGCAACAUAGCAGCCGGCAGCACCAGCACGGCGGUGUACCUGUCAAACCGCCUUAUUCCGGACUGUCCGAACCCGCGGACGUUGUGAAGCGCGCCAUCGACUUCAAGACGCAAGGCACACAGUGUUACAAGGAUAAGAAGUACCGGGAGGCGAUUGGCAAGUACCACCGUGCUUUAUUAGAGAUGAAGGGGUUGUGCCGGGUGCUGGGAGACCCUGAUGCCAGCUCUAAGUCUCCUUCCUCGGUGCUGCCUACCAUGACCAAGCCAGACAGCCUGACAGACGAGCAGAAAGGUGCCAUGGAGAUCGCUGAGCUGGAGUGUUACAACAGUCUGGCAGCGUGCCUGUUGCAGAUGGAGCUGGUCAACUAUGAGCGUGUGAAGGAGUAUUGUCUGAAGGUGCUGCGUAAGGAAGGGGACCACUUCAAGGCUUUGUACCGCUCUGGAGUGGCCUACUAUCACCUCGGAGACUUCCACAAGGCCCUUCACUACCUCAAGGAGUCCCACAAACAGCAGCCAGCAGACACCAACGUUCUCCGUUACAUCCAGCUGACUGAGAUGAAGAUCUGUCGUUCUGCCCAGAGGGAGAAGAAAGAAACCAACUAAAUCACUUUCUGUUUUAAUAACUCACUUAAAAUGCUUUCUUCAUGUGCCACCCAGACCUAGUACACCACGAGUCUUGGGCCGGGAUUCAAUCCGAAACCGCGCUUGACAUUUUUGGGGUAAUUUCCAAUUGAGCUGACAUCUGCAGUGCUGACCUUUUAAAAGCUGCAUUGUCCAAGCGUGCUUGGAUUGAAUCUCCACCUUGGUGUUUUAAAGGAUAUUUACAGAUAUGCUUUAGCCACUUUUAUCCAUCUUCUUAUUCUUCCUGACAAUUAUGUGAUUCAUACCAAUGGGCGUAUUUUACUACUAUACACAAACCUAUAUUUAUUUAUUUUUAUUUAUUUUACCUUUAUUUAACCAGGCAAGUCAGUUAAGAACACAUUCUUAUUUUCAAUGACGGCCUGGGAACAGUGGGUUAACUGCCUGUUCAGGGGCAGAACGACAGAUUUGUACCUUGUCAGCUCGGGGGUUUGAACUCGCAACCUUCCCGGUUCCUAGUCCAACACUCUAACCACUAGGCUACGCUGCCGCCCCCAUAUGUCGUAUAGAGAUACAGUUCAUACAACUGAAAUGGUGCAGCUGCCGUUCGGUGAUGGUCUAUGACUAAGUUGGUCAACACGGAAUCAGAUGGAUAAUGCACAUCACUGCCAGUCCAAAACAUUGCACAAAGUGUAAAUAAGGCCAACAACACUUCUGAUGGUGACGGAGUAACAGAAAAACACUGAAUGAAGCACUGUACACAAGAUGUGUUUCUAACAUCUGGGGCCCCGUUUAUACCCGGUUCUACCGUGUGUU